AUAAAAUAAACACAACAAAUAAAUUUGAUCAAAGUUUUGAAAAUUAUAAUAAUUUUAAUGAAUAUAUUGCUAAAAUAGAAAAAUUGGAAUCUAGCAAAAUGUUUAGUACAGAUAUGCAGAUUUUUGAAAUUAAUAAUUCUAAUAUUGUUAAUAAAGAAAAUACUAGAAUUGAAAAUUUUAUAGUAAAAAUUAAAGAAACUAAUUUUGAAA